AUGAGUAGCUCUUUUUUCCAUAACCCAGAUUUGGAAAUGUUGCAGCAAGAUCUUACUAAUAUUCUGUUUGAACCAUUUCAUCAAGACCCUUAUAUUCAUGAUUAUCUUUCUUUUUACAUGGUUGACCAACAAGGACCAAACAAAAACGAACCAAAUAAUUCAAUGAAUAAUUCUGAACCUAAAGAAGAAAGAUCAUAUAUAGGUGUGAGGAAGAGACCUUGGGGGAAAUUUGCUGCAGAGAUUAGAGAUACAACAAGAGGAGGAAGAAGGGUUUGGCUUGGAACAUUUGAUAGUGCUGAAGAUGCUGCUUUAGCUUAUGAUCAAGCUGCAUUUUCAAUGAGAGGUUAUGAUGCUGUGCUCAAUUUUUCUGUUCAAAGGGUCAAAGAAUCUUUGCAAGCGAUUCAAUAUGAUUGCAGAGAAGGGUCUUCACCUGCACUUGCACUAAAAGAGAGGCACUAUGAACAAAGAAAGAUGUUAUCAUUCACCUUAAUAUUAAGACAAAGACAUAACAUUUAG